CAUUUGAUAUUGACGAAAGGAUGUAGACCUGAUAUACGCUGAGGUGAGAGAUUCGGAAGCUUUCCAGAUGACUUUGUAACUCCCAUGGCAGAUACAGAGAAGCAGGGAGCAAUGGUGCUUCAUGAAGAAGGCGUGACUGCCCCAACACUGGCACCUCCCACUAUCUCUCCACCGCCCAUCUUUGUUGUCCUUAAACAGUUGCAGACUGGUGAUAGUGGGAAAGACAAGUGCAGCCUGAUGGCAAUUAGUGAAGCAAAUAAAAUGGUGAAAUCCUCUGUUGUAACAGGCAUCCAUCCAACAUCAUCCACUUUUGCAGACACCAACAGCACCGCACAGUCUGAGAACUUGCCAGCAGAUGCUAGAUGUAAAGGCAUCACUGUUACACUGGACAACAACAGUAUGUGGAAUGAGUUUUAUAGAUGUCAGACUGAGAUGAUUCUGACCAAACAAGGUCGUAGAAUGUUCCCCUACUGCCGCUUUCGUCUCUCUGGAAUGGAACCUUUCCAGAGUUACUUGUUGGCAAUGGAUAUUGUUCCAGUUGAUAACUACAGAUACAAAUGGAGUGGAAAAGGAUGGGAAACCAAUGGGAAGGCCGAGCCUCAUGUUUCACGUUUAUUUGUACACCCAGAAUCCCCUGCUACUGGCCUACACUGGAUGCAGUACCCUGUUUCUUUUUACAGACUGAAACUUUGCAACAACUUGGACCAAGAGGACCAUAUUAUUUUGCACUCAAUGCACCGAUACCUUCCUCGACUUCAUAUCAUACCUGCAGACAAAGACUCUGAAAACAUUCAAGUUGACAGACCCAAUGUUGUAACUCUAAGUUUUUCUCAGACAGAGUUCUUUGCGGUCACAGCCUAUCAAAACCUUCGCAUCACCCAACUCAAAAUUGACUACAACCCCUUUGCCAAAGGUUUCAGGGACGAUGCGGUCAAUGCUCGAUCAUCUAAGGCCAAGAAUGGAAUGUCCACUGAGGAAGCAAAGAGUGAGCUCAAGCUAAGCAGGGAGAUGACAACUUUGAAUAAUUUAAAAACUCUGUUCAUGAAGAGAAAUGCUACUGUUAAGGUCAGUAAGGAUCAGAAUGUUCCCAGCCCUACAAAUGGAGAAAGGAAAGCUGUUAAUGGCGAUGCUACCAUUGUAGAUGCAAAUGUUCCAAGUUUGUGCAGCAAGAAGCGCCCAUCGUCAUUGGCAUUCUCAGACUUUAUUAAAGGUGCUCAUGUGAAAGUAAAAAGGUUAUCACUCGAGAAUAUCACGAAAAAUGGCGUGGUCUUGCAAACAUCCACAACAAGUGAACAAAAGGAGGGAAUAGACAUAUCAUCCAAAACAGAAAAUAUACUACAAGUUGUUAGUAAAGAUGAAACUGUGGUAGGUGACAUUCACAGAUGUAAAAGCACAGACACCUCCUCAAAAACAGAGUUGAAAAUAGAUGAGAAUAAAACAGAAAUGCAUGACUACAAAGCUGACAAGAUUACAUUGCUAUCCUGUGACCAAAAUGAUGAAAAGGGGAUGGAGACCCUUUCUUCUCUGGACACUGAGGCCAAGUCUGAAGCAAACACAAAGAAAGCUUUACCACAUAAGCGGCCAGAACGUGUACCCCUACCACUCCUUGCUCAGUUUCUUAAACAGAGAAAGUCUAAGACGAGACCUACUACACCAAAACCUAAUGUUCCCAGCUCAUCCUUAGACUCUGAAAAGUCCUGUGAACCUGUCUUAACCCCUGAAACCUCAUCUCCCUUGAUGUCUUCCAUCCCUUGUGUUACCACUAACUCCGAUUCACAACCAGUACUUGCCUCAUUAUCUGAAAAAGUUAAAUUAUCAUCAACAACAGAUGCAAGCAACAUAACAUCUCAGUCCACUACGUUAUCAUCUCCAUCAGCAACUUCAUCCCCUAUAUCUGUAGAAACACAAUUAUCUGUUAGAUUUUCACCUUUCCUGAUUUGUAGUGAUACAUUAAAUGCCCCAAACACUACCUCUCCCUCCAAACCUGAUCCUGACCGAACACCUGACAAUGUCUCUAGUGUGUUUCAUAAUGGUGAUGUUUAUAUGACAGAUCCUGACAACACACUCAGGUCUCAGUCAGACAUUUCAUCUCUCCCUACAUGUGACACUUUGCAUGACACUUGUUCACCUACUUCACCUGAAGUUAACAUUGACUCUGCUGACACACCAACUGUCCCUUCUGUCACUGCAUCUGUUUUUGAUGUGCCAUCUAGUACAGACAAUAGCGUUAUUCCUUACCAGCAACUUGCAUCAGCGCCUGAAGAUACUGGGAGCGAAUCCAUUUCUAAUUGCCUCCUAGACACUUCCAAGGGCUCUUGUCCUGAGCUUUUUUCUGAAGAAGUUCCUCCACACAUUUUGUUCACACAUGAAGAAUCCCUUUCCUUGCCAUUAGAUGACCCAUCUUCCCCAGACUUCUCCUUACCCAGCCCAGCUCCUUCUUCUCCUGAUCCAUUUCCACCAAGUCUAUUCUGUGAAAGACCAGUACCUCCUAGAAAGACCCUUGAUUCUUUUCCAGAAAGACUAUUGGACUGCACAGGUUCUUUCUCUCCUGACCUUUUCCCACUAGGUCUAUUCAACAACAAGCCAGUACCUCCCAGAAAGAUCCUUGAUUUUAUUCCAGAAAGACCUCUGGAUGGAACUGUAACUUCAAGAGAAUCAUUGUCACCAAGUGUCCCUAGUGGGCCAGAAUAUCCCAGGGAAACAAUUGACUUGAUCUCUCAAAGUCAGUGCUCUGAUCGAACAGGCCCUCUUAAUGACUUGCAGCCUGCAGUUAGUUGUGAGACCAAUGUUUCUGAUCACAUUGUUCCUGAACCAAUUAAACAUUACUCUCAUGGAAGCACUUUCAAGAAAUUCAAGGCUAAACAGAAAAAAACAGGAAAAUUGAAGUUCAGUGAAGAUAAUGAGGUGUCCAAAGGACCCAUAUCUGUUCCAAUGCAGCCCAGCCUGGAGGAUGUUGAAGGCCAGUUGUUUAUCUCCUUCUUGUCAAAGAAAGCUCUUGAGAUUCACCUUGGAGAUGAUGCCAAAACGGAGACUGCACAAAAAACCACAGAGAAUCCUGAUGGGGCCAGCUAUGAAAAUAUAGAGGAAAAGAUUGAGGAGCUAGAGAAAAUGCUUUUAUGUGAUCUGAAAGUCAUGAGGCACAGACAGGUCAUUCAUCCGGUGCUACAAGAAGUUGGAUUGAAGUUGAAUCUGCUUGAUCUCACCCUGGAAAUUGACCUGCAAUAUCUGGGUGUGCAAUUACCCAUACCCCCUCCUGUACUCUCACCCGAAAGAAGUUCAGCAUCAUCUCAAGUCCGGUUUGUUUCAAGGACAGGAAAAACCACUGACUUCACCAAAAUUAAAGGAUGGAGAGAUAAGUUUGCUGGCUCAGGAUCCCUUACCGACGGCAUGUCAAGCACAGAUGCAGGACAGAAGAACCUCUCCGCAUUUUGUAGUGACAUGCUGGAUGAGUACCUGGCCAGUGAGGGCAAACUGAUAGAUGAACGAGCUGCAGCCUUAUCCCAGACUGAUGUUACGCAUGUUGCAUACCAGCUACCCACUAAGAGCACUAGCUACGUUCGUACCCUGGAUAGUGUACUUAAGAAACAAGUACCAGCUACCUUAUCCACAACAUCCAAUAAAGUCAAGCCAACUUUCAAGCUCAAGGAGGAAAAUCAAUCUAAAAAACACUUAAAGUCAGGUAUAGGAAAGCAAACAAAACCAGUGCUUACUGUUAACAAACCUGCUUUGCGCUUGAAAAAGCCACAGCAAAACAAGAAAUAUAAAACUAAGAAGGAAUCCAAGAGUUUGAGUGCUGAAAAGCCUGCUCUAGAAACUGCUGCAGUGGUAGCUUUUAAUAAGACUCCCGCGGUUGAAGUUUCUGGCUCCACGCCAUCAAGUUGUGCAGCUGGACGUACUACAGGUUUGCCUAAGACUCUGGUGAAGCUGAUGGAUGUGGAAGAUGGAGCAGUGUGGGAAGGCAAACACCGUACCUAUAUCACAGAAGAAAGGGCAGCCAUCGCACUAGCCACUCUCGUCACCGCUGAGGGGGUAUCAAAAGGAAACCCUGAUGCCAUCAGAAUUAUAAGACGACGUGCACCACCCUGCCUCAAUGUAUUCUGUAGGCUUGGCUGCGUGUGUGCCAGUCUGGUUCACUUAAGGCGACAUCAUCACUGUGGAAAACCUCAGUGCAUGUUGGGCUGUAGCUGCCUACGACGCAAAGUUGUUGCACUUAAGACCCCCAAACAGGAGGAAAGUGCAACAGAUGAGUCUGAACCUCAGCGAGUGUCAGAGGAGAACAAGGCUAAAUGGAGGAAGAAAAAUAAAAAGAGAAAGACUUAUGUACUGACAGAUCCGGAUACAGCACCUGAACCGGCUAAACGUGUGAGUACAUUAUGGGAUCGAAAAAGAGAAGGUUUGGAUUCAGAAGUUCUUUUCUGUCCUCUUCCUCUGAGAUCCACCUCUCCAGCACUCUUGUCUCGAGAAUUUCAGCAUGACCUGGAAAGCUUUUUCAGUCCUUCAAAACAAAAAAGGAUGGAAGAGAUAAAUUUGAAUAUGACUGAGGACAAUAUGGAGAGCGAGCUUACAUGUGCUCGUUCGCGACCGUUUUCCUCCGUGUGCCAUGAUAAACAAAAAAUGGUUGACCAACACCACAUCUCACAGGUCUCUACACAAGAUAUCGAGGAGGGAGAGCUUGUACCUCUUAAUUUGUCUGGCCCUGCCAAGCGACUUGAGAUUAUAUCCGAAUGCAGUUGGGCUAGUACAGACACCAGAAAUUAUGUUAUGCGGAUAGUAUGUGAGCACAUGGCUCAGGAUCGUUUGAAGCAUCCUUUCUGGAUUGGCAAGUACUUCAUUCAGCCAGUCUCCAAGACUCUACAAGAGAAGGAGGAUGGUUCUGUCGAUACAUACAAAGUCAUCAUCUCUCAACCUACAGAGAAGAAAACAGAAGACGAGAAGGUUCUGCAAAACAAAGUUGAGCUGAAAAAGGAUGUAGAGACGAGUGAGGUGAAAGGUCUGCCCUUCCUCUCCAGGUGUUGUCCUGCAGGCUUGCUCAAGGCUGAGAAAAAAGCACCUGAUGCUCCAGGACGGAUAAUGGUUAAUGGAAAGACAUACCCACAAGCUAAAUUAGAGUUGGGAAAGAUGGGAGCUUUGCACCCUGCCAACAGACUGGCAGCUUAUAUUACAGGGAGAAUAUGUCCAGUCAGUCAGUCUGGACCUAACGUGGCAACAACAUCAACUGUUACAAAGGCCUCUAUCACAUCCAUUCCGGUCUCUACUGUGUCCACAGUAACUACAGUUACCAGCACGUCUGCUUCUACAACCACACCGCUCAUCAAGUCUGUAGUGACCAAGCCCCCAGUGGGAAAGGUCUUCACCCAGUUUGUGGUCAACCACAUCAACUCUCAAAAUCUGUCCAACACUAGCACCUCACACUUACAGCCUUCUGUUCCAAAAAUUGUCAUCCCCUCCUCCAUGUUGAUGAGUGGCAGGGAGGCUGGGGCUUCUGGGGUGGCUCUUUCUUCUCUUAAAGCAGGCUUGGUUACCCAAGUGUCUAAGCCCUCAGACUCCACAGGUAGCGCCAGUUUUCCCACUGUAUCAAAAAUCCAAGCCCCUGCCAUAACCAUCCUCACUAAAUCACCCAGCCUGCCUCUGGGUGUGUCUGGUCUAACCCCAACAACUACUGUCUCUUCACCUGGAUCAACCACUCCUGGAAAAAAGACUGUUUAUAUCACAGUUAUGUCCCAUAGUACAGGCCUCACCAGUAGUGGUCCAAGGUUUACAAAGCCUGUCACACAGACUCAUCCCCCACAGACCCCAGGCCAAAAGGUGCUGCUUCAGGUGGUGAAGACAGCUGAUGGCAACACAUUGUACCGUAAUCCUAAUGGCCAGCUGUUGCAGUUGGUGCCUCUAAGUCAAAUCAAAGCUAUCAAACCCAGCCUCCUAUCUCAAGGUCAACCAACUUUUAUUCGUUUGCCCGCACCUACUGCAGUCAAUCCAAAAAAGCCUCAGGGUGGCAGCGCUACCAUAGUCACAUCUUCCAGCCCAACGCCACAAAUGCAGACAAAGCCUGCUGUCACUAUACCAGUCUCUACAUCUUCAUCUAUGAGUGGCAAGCCAGUGACACUCACGUCAUCCAAGACGGUCUCAUUGAGCAGCCUUCCUUCUACCCUUAAAGUUGUCCCAGGCUUUCUGGGACAGUCUGGCACUUGCACAUUAAGGAUUCUCCCACCAAAUCCUGUUCAAAACACUGGAAUUAUCAUUCCAACUUCCUCCCCUAUCCUCCCUCAGAGUGGCUUUACAUUGCUUAAGCAUGGAAGUUCAACGCUACCAAACCAAAACUCCACUAAGUCUGAGACUGUUGUUUCUGUUAGCUCAGUUUCAACAGAAGGGGCAGUCAGUCAUGUCCGUAACCAAUCUGAAAUGGAUCCUUCUAAACAAAAAAGCUGUGACGGUUCUGAACUAAUAGCAGAAAAUAUAUCAGAGCUUCCAUCUUCUGCUGCCUCCUCUCCAAAUCCCAGUCAGUUUUCUGGAGGUGGUUCGAGUUUGGCUGAAGCUGGUAACAGAGCUAAUCCCAAAGUGAAAGAAACACAUUUUAACAUCGCUCCAGUUUCUGAAGAGGAAGAGAUUGGUUCGGACGUAACAGAAUUAACUGAUGACUCUGACCUGUACAGUGAUGAUGACAGAGAAGAUGCAUGUAGUUUGAGUGGUUCUGAUAAAGAGGAGAGAAUGUUGGAUACAGAUGGUUUGGGCUCUGAGAUGAAAGAUUAUGCAGAGGUGGUGGUUGAUAUUGAGACUAUUGAAGAGUCUGCCGAGGAAAACUAUAUUACCAAAUUUCAGGCAUCUGCAUUGAGGCGGAAUCAACAUCAGAGUGACCAGAAGCACAUUCAUGAUGAAAGGUUGGAGGUGAGGGUCAAGAGAGUGAGGCUGGAGAGAAAGAGGCGCCACACACUUAAAGAGUGCUUUCUUAAACUUCAUGCAACACUCGGAAAGCCUUCAAAAAAUCUUAAGACCUCCAAGAUGAGAAUCCUUACAAUGGCUCAAAAAGAGAUUGAGUCCCUGGUUAACCAUUUCUCAGAACUGUAA